AUGUACGAUGGGUUAGUGGUGCCGGUGAUGAUGACCCCGUUUGAGCGAAUCCCCACGGACGAGGGCACACUGUGCAUCCAGUGCCAGGGGGAUGGCUUCCUGGUGUGCUUCAGGUGCAAGGGCACGAAGAAGAUGUCAGAGAUAGAGGAUCCCUCGAAGUUCCGGGACUGCAGCGAGUGCGAGGCGACUGGCUACAAGCCCUGCGGCUUUUGCCAGACCACUGGCUUGGCGCCAAGUACGCUGAAGACCUACAUCCGUGACGAGAAGUUCCGUAAGAUCGUUGCGAGAAUGAGAAAGAUCAAGUGCGAUGAGGAUGGCAGGGCGAAGAUCCAGAAGGUGAUGCCCGCGGCCAUUGCGGAGGUGGAGGCGAAGCGCGCGGCCGUGGACGGCCGCGAGGCCCAGGUGCUGCGGGCGGCGCCGGAGGACAUGGAGCCCACCGGCACGUGGCUCGGGGGCUGA